CACAAUCAAAGAAAAAAUCAUUCACAAAGCAAAAUGACAAUGUUCAAAGUUCACAGCCUGCUAGCAAUAUUCUACAACCUAUGGUUUCACAACCAGCAUUCCCCUCAUAUGAUGAAAUGCAAAAAUCAUUUCAAGCUAUAAUUGAUAAACAGAAUACUAAACAUAAAGCCGAGAUGGAAAAAUUGAAAGCUGAGUUCGAAUCAAAAAUGAGUCAACAACCCAAAAAAUCUCAUUCUCCAGUUCCACUCAAAGAUCAUGAACAAAUAUAUGAAUUUUAUGCAGAUCAAGUGGAUUCUAGAUGGUUAAAUCUUUCUAGAGAAGAAGCGCUACAGUGGUUAGAUAAAGCUUUCCCUUCUUCCAUAGCAAGUAAACCAGAGCGAUUACGUUCAUCAAAUCAAAAUGCUAGAAUAGAUAGAAUAGAAUCGAAAGUAGAUGAAAUUGGAUGA